ACAGUCUUCCACCGCUCUCCUCCUCCACCGCUUCAUUCCCGCUCGGUCCUUCCUGCUUCUGUGAUUCUCUCUCUAAAAGUCCUCUCUCUCCUCCUGCGCCAUACCCAAGCUUUUCUCUGUCGGUUUGCUUUCCUGAUUUCUGCUUUUCCCUUUUGCUCCCUGCGUGCAGUUCAGCAGCUGCACUGCUGUUUUUCCUCUCCUCCUCCUGAAUUCUUCCAACUUCAUUUCAUCAUAACUUUUUCAUACGGCAACGAAAUCGCGCAAGGUCGGAGCCUAUAGAUUCGUAUCAGAAUCCUCUUCCAUCUGAUAUGACACCCACACCUCAAAAUCAACUGUGGUCAAAGAUUGGAGCCUAGAACAGUGACGGUUUUUCGGCGGAGUUUUGCUGAUUCCGCCCAAGAGAGAAAGUUGAUCCUCUCCUGACGAUCCUUCUACCUAUACUUGACUUCGUUGAGUGAAUUGAAAUUAAAAGGUCGUAUGAAGAUCGUCUUUUUUUACCUUUUCUAUGCUUUAAAGUGAUACAGGCAGAAGGAAUCACCACCCAAUCAGUAAAAAAAAAAUGCAGAGCUUCAAAGCGGCGUCAACAAACCCAGAAUUCUACUCCCUCUCCUCCUAUUUCAGGAGAGACGACAGUGACCGGAACCAAACUCGUUUUACGGAUCUUGGAGAGCUUGAACAGUCUGCCACUGCCUUCCCUCACGAUGAUGCUGUUGUUUUAAGCCCAAGCUCCAUGUUCGGCUUAAAAGCAAACAAUGUUGGCGGUGUACCUGAUAGCUUGCACUACGGGACCUUGAACGUUGGCGGGUGUUUGGACAUAGGAUCAACUAUAACCGGAACAGGAGGAAGAGCGUGUGUGGACACAGGACAGCAGCAGCCAUACAUGUACCAGCAACAGAAAGGGACGACGACGUCUGGAAACGGACAAUUUGAGAAUUGGGGUGAUAAUUCAGCCAUGGCCGACAACAGCCAGCGGACUGACACUUAUACGGAUGUUGACAUCGAUGACAAAAACCAUCUUCAUGGAGUGCAGCAUGGCGCACUAAUGGUAGUGGAUUCCACAGAGCAGGCAAAGGAAAGAACUACUGGUGACCAAAAGACACUACGUAGGCUGGCCCAGAACGGAGAAGCAGCAAGGAAGAGUCGCCUAAGGAAGAAAGUAUACAUCUUUACUUUCCAUCAGCACGUAUUUGAAUGUCUUUUUUCUUUUUAAUUUCAUCGAGAGAGCUUCCCUAUACCUUUUUAGGCCGUGACAUCUUAGACUAAUUAUAUAACAUAAAUUGAGAGCGUUAAAACAUAUGGGAUCACGUUCUUCGUUUGGCGAAACACAUUGGCAUACCAGGGUGUAGGUCUGUAACCAGCGUCUAAAUCUUUUAGCUAUGUUGAGACAAAAUCUUGGUAUCAACCCUGAAGAUUCACUGGCAGGUCUAUAAAAAUUAGUGGUACGGUGACUGCCAGAAUUACUGGGUUUUUGAUUUUAUUAGAAUCGAUUUUUAAGUCGCCGGGUCUGUGUCAUUUUUGGUGAGUUUUGUGAUUUUCUUACUGGCUUUAGUUCCUUUUUUGGUUUGUUCUGUAUAUUUACAUGGAUUUUUUCUGUUCAUUUCUUUUUUUCUGGAUAUCGUUUAGAUUGAUACUGUGAAUGUGUCGUUGAGUUUUGUUUUUUAUUUCAGGAGGUGCGGCCUUCUUAAUAGUUUUUGACUUGAUAUUAACCUAAUUACAUAGAUUUAGUGACUCUUGCUGCCCUUCUUAAUUCUCAUUCUCCUCUUGUAUACAACGCAGUUGAUCUUUUGUGUUAUUUGAUACUUUUUUUUAACAUCAGUCUCUGAAAGGACAGGAUUUCUGCACUAAAGGAGAGUGAUUCUAAAAUUAGGGAGUUGUUAA